AUGAAAAAUAUAAAUCACAGACAACAUUUCUGGGAAAGUACUUCUGUCAAUAAUAACAGUUACAACAAUCCUGAAAAUUUAAACACACUGCAAAAGGCAUCCAACCAGAAAGGACCCAGAAAAGGUAACACUCAUCACGUACUAAGCAAAAACAUAAAGGAUAACAAAAUUGGUAUUGCUGGAAUUACCACAGAGGUGAAUAGGGCGGGGAAAAAUCCAAUUUUAAACUGCAGAACUGUUACAGGUGAAAAGUUCAGUGGAGAAAAAAAAAAGAAUAACCAAAAGGUGAAAAACGAAACGUUCAAUUGGAGAAUCACUACUGACACAAGAAGAAACAACGCCAAAAGUGAUACACUUGUUCCACAUAAGAAAUAUGGAGAACGGAAAAAAUUAUUGGAGAAAAGGGAAUGCCAUCUGAAUAGGGAGUCAACAAAAUUUCAAGAAAAAACAGACAUUGAAAAUGACGCUAGCUGUUUCUCCAAUUUGAUCACUUUUGAUGAUCAGCCAACCGUCAGUGAGAAAAUUCCCAUCAAAAACAAUCCCCAGCAUGGCACACACAGGGAUGUACUCAGGAAGGAUUUCCUGGAAAAUUCGUUAAAGAAUAUUCAUUUCGAUAUUCACUUGGAUCUUCACGCGGGAAUUCGAGGAAUCCACACGGAGACUGUUCCUGAGGGGCGUGCUUCCUGUAAUGGCAUCAGGGAUAGCACCAAAGAUGACAACAGGAAAACCAAACAUGGUCCAAGUGGAAAUACAAGGGAUGGGGAGAACCCCCCCCAUGACAAUAAUACCGGGAAUAUGAAUUUCGAAAAAUUGAACAAGGAAGAAAAUGCCGAAAAGGAACUACUACUGGAGCAUAUAAAGAGGCUGGAGUAUCAAAACAAUAUAUUCCUCAACAAUCUGUUAAAUGUGUACUAUGUCUGUAUGGACUACAUCAAAAUGCAGGACGAGAAAAUAAAAAAAAAUGAAGAAAUCAUCCUUUUCCAGAAUAAAAUUAUAAAUGAUUUAAAGGCAAAUGAACACUUUGAGGACACCACAGGUAUGAGUAAUGACAUAACUAUUAACUGUAAAAAUGAUGACUCAGACUUGUGA